AAGAGGAAUACGCGAGACGCGGCAUUCGGAAGCGUGUGCUUAAAGGGAAAAGUCGAAUAAAGGGAUUGUGAAAUUAUUUAAAGGAUGGAGUACAUAUAUUCAUUUUUCGGCGUCCACAACACCAGAAGUGGUCAUUACCCACUAUGCCUGACACUAAAUGGAAUCAAUUCUCAGUGCUCCAACUAAAGAAGUGGUUGGAAGCUCUUGGACGCCAGACUUCCGGCACAAAAGCGGAACUAAUAGUGCGUCUGCAGGCCAUUUCCCCAGAAACGCGUGGCGAUUCACCGCCAAAUAACGGAUCAGCAGCAGACGAGAUAGAGGCAAACAUGGCUGUGCUGCAGAGGAUCCAAGCGGAUAUCGACGACGCGCACAAGAGCAAGUUUGCUCAUGCUCGCCAGAUCAAUGACGUCAUCGACAACAACAGCAGCGGAAACCACGGCAAUGUUAACAUAUGCGCUAACAGCACCGACGCCAAUGUUAACAGCACCAAGGUGACUAUCGCCGCCGAUAACAUCGAUAUGGGACAUACCAGUGUUGGAAAAGAAACCGCUGGUAGUGUUGUUCAGCACCAGAGUCGAACUGUAAACAAGCUUCUGGAAUCUCCUGCAACAUCGCUUGCCUUGGCAAAAGAGGUAACGAUGGAGUUUGACGGCAGCUUAUGUGCGCGCAAUUGGGUCACGCAGUUUCAGAACAUCGGAAAGAUUUACAAUUUGGACGACGGAUGCAUGCACAUGCUGCUAAUUGCCAAACUAAAAGGAAACGCACAGCGCUGGCUGCACGCAAGAGCCACACGCAUCCUAGAAUCGACCGACCAGCUGUGCGAACAGUUAAUCUUGACAUUCGAGGUCAAGAUGUCAAAAGGGGAACUGAGGAACGCAUUUCAAAAACGCGAAUGGCAUCCGGAUGAGAAAUUUGCUGUUUACUUCGAGGACAAGGUGAUGCUGGCCAACGACAUCAACAUCGAUCUAGAGGAGAUCCUCUAAAACAUCAUUGAAGGAAUCCCAGCACCAGCGUUGCGCAACCAGGCGCGCAUACAGUGUUUCUCAGAGCCGAUGCAAAUUCUGCGGGCUUUCUCGGAAGUCCGUCUGCCGAAGCACAAAACAGGGAGCAGUUCAUCAAAGCGCCUUACUGGAGGAGGUGCAGCCAAUAAGGGCUUACGUUGUGCCAAGUGCAACUCCAAAGGGCACUUCGCCAGGGAGUGUCUCAAGCCAAAGAGGGAGCCCGGAUCCUGCUAUGCCUGUGGGGCAUUUGGACACUUCGUCGGACAAUGCCCGGAGCGCAAGAGCGCCAAUAUCAACAAUUAUAAUGCCUCAUAGACACAGGGAGUCCAAUAUCAUUUACAAAGUUAAGCAAUCUAUCCAAGGAAAUUAA